GGGGCGGGGCGCGGCUGGUGCGCCUGAGGAGCGAUGGCGGCCUGAACUCACCUAGCACCGCGGUGGCGAUCGGGCCUGGUCAGGGUCGGAGUUCUGUGACUGAACAAUUUGUAGGUCUGGAUCGGGCAGUGACCUCUGAGCUCACUACUCCAGCCUGGUAUAUCUUCUGGCUCCAUGGACAGUUACUGGCUCCUACAGACCGGAUGAAGCAGACUAGAGACACAAGUAGAGAAAGCCUCCGGCUGGCAAAUUCUCAGAGUGUGGCCCUCUGGCCACCGGCCCUGCCCGGCCUACCUCAUGGAGAGGAUGAACUGGCUGAGCAGACUGGCCUCCCGGGGCCCUGGGCAUCGUGUACCACAAGGGGCCAGUCUGCAGACCCCUGUCAUGGCUGACCCUGAGACCUGCCUCAUGGUCUUCAAGAAUCACUGGUCCCAGGUGGUGCGAAUUCUGGAGCGGCAAGGCCCUAGGGCAGCUCCUGGGGGAGCCGACGAUCUCAGUGCUGUGUGCAACCACACUUACCAGAUGCUGACACUGCUGGCGGAGGAUCGUGCGGUGCCCUCGGCUCCCACAGCUCCUGGGCCCCUGCUGGAGUUUGCUCUGCGCGAGGAUCUGCUAACCCGUGUGCUGACGUGGCAGCUUCAGUGGGAUGAGCUUGGGGAUGGGGUUGAGGAACGGCGGGCUGAGCAACUGAAACUAUUUGAGAUGCUAGUGAGCGAAGCUCGCCAGCCCCUGUUGCGGCACAGUCCAGUUCGUGAGGCUCUGCUGAUCUUGCUGGAUGCCUGUGGCCGCCCUGUGCCCAGUAGCCCAGCACUGGAUGAAGGCCUGGUGCUACUUCUCAGCCAGCUGUGCGUGUGUCUGGCCCGGGAGCCUUCAUUGCUCGAGUUCUUCCUGCAGCCACCUCCUGAGCCCGGAGCUGCUCCCCGUCUUCUCCUCUUUUCUCGCCUUGUACCUUUUGUGCAUCGAGAGGGCACCCUGGGCCAGCAGGCCCGCGAUGCCCUACUCCUGCUCAUGGCUCUGUCAGCUGGAAGUCCCACUGUGGGCCGCUACAUCGCAGAUCACUCUUACUUCUGCCCGGUGCUGGCCACAGGGCUGAGUGCCCUGUACUCUUCACUGCCCCGAAAGAUUGAAGUUCCAGGAGAUGAUUGGCACUGCCUGCGACGGGAGGACUGGCUGGGGGUGCCAGCCCUUGCCCUCUUCAUGAGUUCCCUAGAGUUCUGCAAUGCAGUCAUUCAGGUGGCUCACCCUCUAGUGCAAAAGCAGCUGGUAGAUUAUAUCCAUAAUGGGUUCCUGGUGCCUGUCAUGGGCCCUGCCCUGCACAAGACCUCUGUGGAGGAGAUGAUUGCCAGUACCGCUUAUCUGGAACUUUUCCUACGGAGUAUUUCAGAGCCUGCCUUGCUCCGUACCUUCCUGCGAUUCCUGCUAUUACACCGGCAUGACACCCACACCAUCCUUGACACCCUUGUUGCCCGUAUUGGCAGCAACUCCCGGGUAUGGCCCCUACCUCUGUCCUGGCUUACCUGGCUCUGCAUGGUCUCUCUGAGUCUCUUCAGGACCCUACUGAACCUCAGCUGUGAGGAUGUCCUGCUGCAGCUGGUUCUCAGGUAUCUCGUCCCGUGUAACCAUGUGAUGCUGAGCCAGAAGCCAGCUGUGCGCGACGUGGACCUAUAUGGACGGGCAGCAGACAAGUUCCUCUCCUUGAUCCCACGCUGUUGUCGGCACCGUGCCUCCAGCCCACCUCGUCCAGAGCAUGCCUCGUGGGCACGAGGUGGGCCUAGCAGAGAGGCAGGGAGAAGGGAGGACACGACGGGCCCUGGAAGCCCAAGUGUUGACUCCUCUUCUGUGGUGACGGUACCCCGGGCCUCCACGCCAUCUCGUCUGGCCCUCUUCCUGCGACAGCAGAGCCUGGGUGGCUCCGAGUCCCCAGCCCCAGCCCCUCGCUCACCAGGGCUUGCUGCCUCCCCAGCCUCCAGCCCUGGCCGACGGCCCAGCCCUGUGGAGGAGCCCGGUGAGCUGGAAGACAAUUACCUGGAGUAUCUGCGUGAGGCGCGCCUUGGUGUGGACCGCUGUGUCCAAGCCUGCCGCACCUGGUCUGCCCCCUAUGAUGGCGAGCGGCCCCCUCCUGAACCCAGUCCUGUUGGCUCCCGGACUAAGAAACGCAGCCUGCUGCCUGAGGAGGACAGGGACAAUGCAGGGGAGGGGGAGGCGGAAGAGCUGGGCAGGGGGGCGCUGGCUCUGGGUGCAAGGGAGGGCCCUGGCCACCUGCCCCCUCCCCAGCUCAAUGGGGUGCCAGGACCAUGGCCGGAGGGGGCCAAGAAGGUUCGUCGGGUGCCACAGGAGGGAGCUGGGGAACUACUAGAGGGCACCUCCGAGGGUGUGGCAGGACUAGAGAGCUUUGGGCAGGAGCUCCGGGAGCUGGAGGUGGCAUUGAGCAAUGGGGGCGCCGGCUCCGAGCCCCCUCUAGAGCCUUCACUACCUCUUGAGGAGGAGGAGGCCUACGAAAGCUUCACCUGUCCCCCUGAGCCCCCUGGCCCCUUCCUCAGCAGCCCUUUGCGGACUCUCAACCAGCUGCCAAGCCAGCCCUUCACUGGCCCCUUCAUGGCUGUGCUCUUUGCCAAACUCGAGAACAUGCUGCAGAACUCCGUCUAUGUCAACUUCCUGCUGACGGGGCUGGUGGCCCAGCUGGCCUGUCACCCCCAGCCCCUGCUCCGCUCUUUCCUGCUCAACACCAACAUGGUCUUCCAGCCCAGUGUCAAGUCCCUGCUGCAGGUGCUGGGCUCUGUGAAGAAUAAGAUUGAGAGCUUUGCAGCCUCCCAGGAGGACUUCCCAGCACUGCUAUCCAAAGCCAAGAAGUACCUCAUUGCCCGUGGCAAGUUGGACUGGACUGAGGGCCCUGCGGCAGGCUCUGCCCCCCGCCGAUCUGAUUCCCUAGUGAAGAGCCGGAGGCCGUCCUUGGGGGAGUUGCUCCUGCGGCAUGCACACAGUCCAACCAGGGCUCGGCAGGCGGCACAGAUGGUUCUUCAGCCUGGGAGAGACGGCACAGGACUUGGCCUAGGUGGGGGCUCCCCUGGGGCAUCAACGCCGGUCCUACCCCCCCGGGGUGGGGCCCCUGACCGCCAAGAGAUCUCAACCUGGUGUUUUGCUGGAGAAGAAGAGUGGUUUUUCCUUGGAGAAGAACCACUCUAGAGAGUCCUUCUAGUAGCUGCUUUCCCACUCCACUCCUGUGUGCCCACGAAGACUCCUUGUGUGUGGGGAGCAUUCUCCCCUAUCCUUGCCCAGCAUGUAGAGUCAUCCCACAAAGUGGGCCAUUGUCUGAGGUGCCAUGAGUAUGGAGCACUGGGAAGGGUCCUACCGUGGUGGGAGAGAGUGUUACCAAGAAGAGUUUCUUAAAGGAGAGGUGACUGGCCCCAGGAGAGGGCCGGUCUUCCUAGAGAGCUGAGAGUGUGGGUAUCAGGUCUUUGAGCAAAGGUUUGGCAAGUGAGCAUGGGCCUGUGCUCCAGGAGAGGAAUUAAUAUUCAAAUAUUUGUUGAAAUUGAAUGUGUUAGGGGAUAUUCCAAACACUUUGAAUGCAUUAUCUUAGUUAAUCCUUUUAGUAACUUCUUGAAGUAGGAACUAUCAUUUCCCCAUUUUACAAGUGAAUUAACAGGCUCAGAGAGGUUAAAUGAAUUAGUGCAAGGCAUACAGUGAGUUAAUGGAGGAUCUGGGAUUCAAAUCUGCGUCUGCCUGAUUCCAGCUUUAACCAUUAACCAGUAGUUCCUUUUGGUGAAGGGAGAGAUCAACACGUUCCUUCUGCUUGCCUGAGUGUGGUGGGAGGGGUGUGUGCCAGGUGGAAGUACAGUGUGAUGUGGUGACAAGGAAACGGGCAGGAUGAGAGGAGAGCCGCAAUAGACCAAACCGGAAACCCCAAGCUUCUUGUUACGUGAAACCAAGUCUCUUCCUCCUACUGCCCCUUUAGCACAUUUUUUAUUAUUGUUGACAAGGAGAGGUCACCUGGUAUAGUACAAUUGGCACCUCUGUUCCCUCAGAAAGGAAUUCUGAGUGAGGUAGACAGAGACAAGGACAAGAGACACAGACGUGGGGCAAAACUGACCAACAGUGCAAGGAGACAGAUGCAGAGGGAUGGAGACGCUGAGAGCUGUUGAGAGACAGAGGCAGAGAGUGAUGCACAUCUGUAUCCUGAAGGGGGUCCAGAAUGAGAAGGGGAUGGUUGAAGUAGGGGUGCAAGGAUGGUGAGCUGUCGGUGAAAUCAGAUGAGGCUCUCUUUCAGAUUUUUGUUCAUAGAGGGAGCUCGGAGGGGAAAUUGGGUACUGUUGAACUCCUCGACCAGAAGCCCAUACCUCUGUUUUCUGUCUUUUGCGGUCUGAGUACCAUGAUUCUCUAGGCUCCCUAAAUUCCAUCCUGCCCUACUCUGAGUAAGUCUGUCUUUCCUUUCAGCUCACAGAGUCUGAGACUGAAAGUUGGUGAAGGAAAACCCAUGAGAGCUGAGUUCUGGGUGGAGCUGAUGAGCCCAUAGGCCUGGGCUCUUUGGGCCGUAUCCUGUUCAUGGGUUUUGCCACCACGGUAGCACGUUCUGGGGUCUCCCUGGGAAAAAAGGCACAGCUUAAUCAGCAUACCUGAGGAGUGACCAGAGUGGAGAGCACGAGGGAAACAAACAGGUAGGGGCUGUUAUCCAGAGAACAUGCCGUGCUCUGCAAGAGCCUCCAGGGCAGUAUAGAAUAGUUUGGAUAGCAAAGACCUCAGAGGGAUCAAGAGCCCUAACAAGUCUCUUCACUUCUCUCAGGCUACAGGGAUAAUCCUACAGGUCCCUAGUCGCUUAUUUGAAACCUUUUGGGACGGAUGUGUUUUGGAAUUCAGAAUUUUUCAGGUUUUAGAAAGGGAAUAUUGUGCCUUUAUGAUAUAUAAAGGAAUACCCCAGUGAGAUUGAGGGCAGUGCCCUGUCAUCAAACCCAUCAAUAUUUCUGUAGCUAAAUGUAUGAAUAUUCACACUAAGUGAGAUAAAUAGUAUAAAUAUGAUCAUGAUGGGUCAGGCCAGAUUUGGGGUCAAAGUUAUGAAAAAUCUAUUGUUUCUUCAGAGAUGUUUUAUUUUGUAAUUAUAGGUAAGGGAUUAUGGGCUUAUAAUUGUUCUCAGGUUGUUGAGAGGAGUAAGAGUGCCGGAAAAGCCUUCUAAACACACCGCAUGCUAGGUAUGUAUGCAAUCUCAAUCCAAAACAAAAUAUAAAUGUCUGAGGGGGUGGACUUUUGGCUUAACAGUGAACAAUGUACUGCUUUGGACUCAGCUGCCUUGGGAGUUGUGCACAACCACGGAGUGAAGGUGCCUUAGCAGAGAGGCUUCCUGUGGUGGGAGGGAGACAGAACUCACUGCUUUUGAACAUCAGCUGCACAUGAUUUCCCUUUUCACAUACCAGAGGUGAAAGACAAAAAAUGGUGUGUGUGUGUAUGUGUGACACAUGACUGUCACGCAUUUCUUUAUAUUUCUUUAUAAU